AAGCUUCCACUGCUGUCAGUACUCAGUAGACUGAACAUGAAUGGACGGACACAAAUUAUAACCGAGCUUCUGUUCUGUUUGCCUUCUUCAGUAAAACUGUCAACCCUGAAGUGCCAACUUACUGUUAAAAAGCCCAACAAAGGCAAAGAAAAAGAACAUCAAGAAGGCAUCUUACGUUCUUACAAGUCAGUGGAUUCUCCCUAAAAUGGCAUCGUGGUUGGGUGUCACACUUCCUGCUGGGUCGCCAGCUUCCAUGUGGGGAAACCUGUAAAUUUGCUUCGAGUUUUAUUCUCUUGACAUUAGCAGCCUCACCUCAUUCAAUUUGGGCCUCCGGAUUUGAUGCUUUUCUUAUUUUUCAAAUCUCUGUUACAGUUCCCAAAUUUGACAGGUUUCAUUAUCAUCUAAACAUUUUGCAAUUGCAUGCUUCUGAAUUGUGUUGCAUUCUUGUUUUUUUAUCCUUCUUGUGUUGGGGGAAUCAAACUUGCUGCAUUUUUCAUUAAUCUCGUUUGUUUAAUUUAUUUCUAUGUUCUGUUUUGCUUCCUGUGUUUUGGUUGGUCUGGGGUUGGGGAUUCAGGGAUUUUCUUCUAGGGCUCCUUCCCUGGUAUCAGGUCUUUCCAGCUUUCCUUAUUUUGCUCUUUUCUGAUUUGGGUAUUUCUCCUCUUUAAGCUUGGUGCAUACGUUUUGUGUUCUCUGCAUUUCGUAAUUUGGGUUAUCUGCUUUUCGCUUGAUUGAGCGACAUUAGAGCAGUUUUUUUCCGUUUCUUUCUCUGUUUUCCUGAUCUUGGUUUUGUUGAAUUGAAGGGAUCGCUCUUAAAUUUUUGGUUUAUUUAAUUUAUGGGAUUUGGGGUCCUUGAAAGAGGUUGGUGAUGUCUCAUAGCUAUCCAGAUCCUCCUAGUUGUUGCUCUACGGCUUCUGCUGAAUUAAAACUAUACCAAGCUUUUAUCUUCUCUGUACCAAUUUUCUUCACUUUCAUUCUUUUAUUCUUGUUCUACUUGUUCUACCUUCGGCGAAGGAGGGUAGAUUGGACAUCUCUGCGAAUGAGGACAUCCUACCAGGAGAGAGGGGCCAUCACUAGAUCAUGCGAGUCGGGCUUAACUAAGGAACUUAGGGAAAUGCUUCCAAUAAUCAUAUUUCGGGAAAGCUUCUCAGUCAGAGAUACACAAUGCUCAGUAUGCUUAGGGGACUACCAAGCUGAGGAUAGGCUUCAACAACUACCUGCAUGCGGCCACACAUUUCACAUGGAAUGCAUUGACCAUUGGCUAGCCAUCCACACCACCUGCCCUCUCUGCCGCCUCUCCCUCCUUCCCGCUGCUAAAACAGGAACUAAUCCUUCUGACAGCAAUGGAGAAAUGCAAGCCAAUGAAGCACAAACCGAUCAGGGAUUCCCAGAGGAUGGAAGAUCUGGUCAGGGAGGAGCUGAAGGAGGGAGAAGAGGAGAGAACAGGGAGCAUUCUGGUAGUAGCAGUGAAGACGACUUAUCCGGUAACAGAAGAGAACACGAGGAAUGUGAGUUCAGCAACGAAGAAUCAAUUGUGCUUGUUAUUGAAACUCAUGGUUCUGUCGAACAUACUGCCAUGACAAACCAUCCUUGAAGGGGUAGUGUUGUAACUUGUAACAUCAGGUUAUCAUUUUAAUGAAGCUGAAGCUCAAUCUUGUAAGUUACCAAUCAUAUAUAAUAAAAAUAAUGAAGCUCAUGCUUGUACUGAGUAUAUCUACA